AUGGGGACAUUUACGAAAGAACAGAAGGAAAAGAUCGUCCUGAAACUUAGGUUCAACAUGAACGAACGGAUCAAGAAACUUCGAUACGAGCAAGACGCUUUGGUGGCGAACCUUGAAAACAAGAUAAAGCACAGGUUAAAUCUUGUGCCCAAGAAAUACUGGGAUCUUAAACUUCGGGACGUGAUUGAACUUGAACGUCACGAAAAAGUCAACUUUGCGACACUUUUGAAUGCCAUCAGCACCAACGCUAAUAACAUCGAUUCAUCAACCUCAACAUCGUCCGCCAAUGUUGUUAAAAAGACAUCAAAAGAACUCAAUAUCUCUUCUUCGUUAUCGAAGCGGUCAGCUGGACUUAAAUUAAGCAGCCACAAUGGUCCUGGAUCAAGGGUGAAAAACUCAGGCCUGCCUUCAAAAAGUUACGUACCCAAACUCUCCAAACUUACCAACGGAUCGUCAUCCAAUUUUUAUGAUAGAAGUGGCGAAAGUCCAUUGAAGAGUAGAAAUGCUAGUAAUAUGGGACCGCCAAAUACUAGAAAAACUCCAUCGCCGUUCAAAUCACCUAACAAGUCACCAACUAGAUCGCUAUCUAAAUCGCCAGUAAAGAAAACUUUGAAAAGGGGAAUCAAAUGA